AUGGCGAAUCGAGUGUGGGAAGACAGAGAAAUCAAGUUUGAUAUACCAAACAUCCACAAAAAACUUCGAAAUGGUGAAAAUAUCUUGGAGAUAAUUGACUCGGUCGAGGAUACAAAAGGAAACUCUGGCGAUUUAGGACAACUUGUUAUCACAAACAUAAGACUCAUAUGGUUUUCGUUGACUAAUACAAAAUUUACGCUGUCAAUCGGAUUCUUCACAAUUGUUACAAUGAAUACAAAAAAUGUUAUUUCGACUCUUCGUGGUAGCACAGACGCUCUUUACAUUCUCACGUCAACUCCAAAACAGCGAUUUGAGUUCAUAUUCACGGAUUAUGGUGCGAAUCAAAAACACUUCGGUUCACUGUUUGAGAUCUACAAAAUAUAUCAAUCGACAACACUUUACCGUGAAUUAAAGCUUCGGGGUGCAAUUUUGACAGAGGGACAUUUGAACAUUUUACGUCAGGAACAAGUUUAUACAAUUUUGAAUGGCGUGUAUAAUUUGUCGAGUGAUCAGGGCAAUUUGGGAACAUUUAUCAUCACAAAUAUUCGAUUGGUUUGGUAUGCAGAGGCGAAUGAAAGUUUCAACAUUUCAUUGCCAUACAUGCAAAUGAUCAGUCUGCGUAUACGCGAAUCAAAAUAUGGUCUGGCUUUGGUCAUUCAAACAGGUCCAAAUGCUGGAAAUUACGUGUUGGGAUUCCGUGUUGAUCCGCAAGAAAAACUGCAUGAAGUUCAUAAAGAACUCAUUUCACUUCAUUCUGUUUAUAGUGAAACUCCAAUUUUCGGAGUUAACUAUGACAUAAAAGCAUUGAAUAAAACUGAAGAUAUGCUGAGAAUUGAUGACAUUUCAGAAAUCGACAACGAAGCUUCGAGUGAAAUUAACAGUAAAUUUACCGCAUAUCUAAGUGAAGAAGAUAGAGAAGAACAUCGUGAACCAUUCUACUGUAAAGAAUUGGGGUUUGCAAUGGAAAAACUUCGAGACGGUUACACGAUAAAAGAUUUGUGGAAUGUUAUGGGAACGACUACAAGAUGAAAAAAUAUUUUCAUUUCUGAACAAUUUCAUUGACAUUGCAAUACUUGCUCUUACAUUUCUCUAAUGUCUAAGAAGAUAAUUGCAGAAAGCUAAAGAGAAAUACAAAAUCUUAAA